AUGCCCAGGGGACAUAAGAGUAAGGCCCGUGCUCGUGAGAAGCGCCGCCGCCAGGCCCAAGAUGAGGCCCAGGGGCUCAAGGAUGCUCAAGCCAAGGCAGAAGAGAAACAAGAGUCACCCUCCUGCUCUGCUCCUGAUUCUGGAGAUGCUGUUGCAAGCACCUCUACUGCUAGCUUCCCUCAGAAGUCUCAGAGUGAGGCACCCACCACCACUGCUGGUGAAGGCGUUGGCCACAGAAGAUCUGGUAAAGGUGCCAAAGGCCGAAGGGAGGAAAGUCCUAGUUGCUCCAGGGCCCCGCACUCCACUGAGAACCCACUGAGUGCUCUUAUAUCAAGGAAGACGGGACUGCUGAUGCAGUAUGUGCUGUGCAAGUACAAACUGCAGGAGCCAAUACGUAAGGGAGAAAUGCUGAAAGUUAUCAACAAACAGUUCAAGGAGCACUUCCCUGAGAUCCUCAGGAAAGCAUCUGAGCGCAUACAGCUUGUGUUUGGUCUUGAAGUGAAGGCAGUCAAGCCCAAUAGUUGUUACUAUACCCUUGUUAGCAUGUUAGAACCCAGCUUUGGUGGGUCUCUGACCACUGGCUUGCCUUUUCCUCAGAAUGGGAUUCUGAUGCCUCUGCUGGGUGUGAUCUUCUUAAAUGGCAACCGUGCCUCUGAGGCAGAGAUCUGGGAAUUCCUGAACAUUUUGGGACUCUACGAUGGGAAGUCACACAUAAUCUUUGGGGAGCCCCGAAAGCUCGUCACUGAAGUUUUGGUUAAGGAAAAGUACCUGGUAUACCAGCAGAUAGCCAACAGUGAUCCCCCAUCCUUUGAGUUCCGUUGGGGUCCCCGAGCCUUUGCAGAAACCACCAAGAUGAAAAUCCUGGAGUUUUUAGCCAAGGUCAAUGAGACCGUUCCCCAGGCCUUCCCAUCUCAUUAUCAAGAGGCUUUGAGAGAUCAGGAAGAGAGAGCCCAAGCUGAAGCUGUAGGCAGCAGUGGCACUAGUGCCAAAGAUGAUUCAGAGGCUAAAGUCACACCCGGUGAGUCCUCUUGCUCCGAGAGAGAUUAG